CGGAGGCUCCUCCCGGCCACGGGGAGGGGGCAAAACUGAGCUCCCUGCUCCCGGCUUCGCAGCAAAUGUGAUGACACCGCCGGGGCUGCCUUUCCCCGCGAGCCGAACCAGCGGUUGGGACUACGCCUCUCCGCACAACGGCCUUCUCCCCCCUCCACUGCCUCUGCCAUCUCCUCGGCACUGAGCACGAGCUGCUGAGGAAAAAUGGCAGAAGGCCAGUCACACAUAAGUAUUCCGAUGUCGGACUCGAGCACAAACGGCAGCCCUAGAGGACAGCGAUCCUCUCCAGACUUAGCCAGCAGAGGAGGGAGCACGUUAACUUUCCACAACAUCUGCUACUAUGUGAAGAUGAAGAGUGGGUUCCUGUUCUGUAAAAAAACAGUUGAUAAAGAGGUUUUGAGAGAUAUUAAUGGCAUUAUGAGACCAGGACUGAAUGCAAUUUUGGGACCCACUGGCAGUGGUAAAUCUUCUCUGCUUGAUAUUUUGGCUGCAAGGAAAGAUCCUCAUGGGCUUUCAGGAGACAUUUUGAUAAAUGGAGCUCCUCAGCCUGCCAACUUUAAAUGUACCUCUGGAUAUGUAGUACAGGAUGAUGUGGUGAUGGGAACCCUGACUGUAAGAGAAAAUCUCCAGUUCUCAGCAGCACUCCGUUUGCCGCAGUCAGUGAGGGAACAGGAAAAAAAUGAACGAGUUAACCAGAUCAUCAAGCAACUGGGUUUGAACAAAGUGGCAGAUUCCAAGGUUGGCACCCAGUUCAUCCGUGGUGUGUCCGGAGGAGAGAGGAAAAGGACGAGUAUUGGGAUGGAGCUCAUUAUAGAUCCUGCUGUCUUGUUUUUGGAUGAGCCAACUACCGGACUCGAUGCCAGUACUGCUAAUGCUGUCCUGCUGCUCCUGAAAAGGAUGGCAAAACAAGGAAAAACAAUCAUCUUUUCCAUUCACCAGCCUCGGUACUCCAUAUUCCGACUGUUUGAUAACCUUACACUGUUGGCUGAAGGGAGGAUGCUGUACCACGGGCCAGCUCAGAAUGCCAUUGAGUACUUCAAAUCUGUCGGUUACGAGUGUGAGGCAUACAACAACCCUGCUGAUUUUUUUCUGGACGUCAUUAAUGGAGACUCAACUGCCGUGGCAAUGAGCAAGACAGAUGAAGCUAAUGCAGCAGAGAUCACUGAAGAACACAUUGAUCGUGAUAAAACUUUGGCCGAGAAGUUAGCAGAGCAAUACUCCAACUCCACCUACUACAAAGAAACAAAAGCAAUACUUGAGAAUUUUUCUUUGGGAAAUAAAAAGAAAACAAAAGUAAUUUUCAGACAAAUUACAUAUGCCAGUUCCUUCUGUCAUCAGCUGAAAUGGGUGUCCAAGCGCGCAUUUAAAAACCUGAUUGGAAACCCUCAAGCCUCCAUAGCUCAGCUCUGUGUUACAACUUUCCUGGGACUCCUCGUAGGUGCCAUUUUCUUUGGAGUAAAAGAUGACUACACUGGUCUACAAAACAGAGUUGGUGCAAUGUUCUUUCUGACCACCGAUCAGUGUUUCAGCAGCAUUACAGCUAUUGAACUCUUUGUUGUGGAAAAAAAAUUAUUUAUACAUGAAUAUAUCAGUGGGUACUACAGAACAUCUGCAUAUUUCAUCUCAAAGCUGAUGGCUGAUUUAAUACCCAUGAGGACUUUACCAAGCAUCAUCUUCACCUGUAUAACUUAUUUCAUGUUAGGUUUGAAACCAACAGCAGAAGCCUUCUUUAUAAUGCUGCUUACCCUUAUGAUGGUGUCCUACACAGCCACUUCUAUGGCACUAGCCAUUGCAACAGGACAGAGUGUGGUCACUUUGGCGAACCUGCUCAUGACUCUUGCAUUUGUUUUUAUGAUUAUUUUCUCUGGGUUGCUGGUAAAUCUAACAAGCAUCAUAUCCUGGCUGUCCUGGCUGCAGUAUUUUAGCAUACCUCGAUAUGGAAUGACAGCUUUAGAAAUUAAUGAAUUGAGUGGUCUGAACUUCUGCAACAACACUGACACCACAGAUCUGAAUGAUAAUUGUCUGCAGAUAAGCCAACAGUGGUGCACAGGAGACGAUUAUUUGAAAAAUCAAGGCAUUGAUCCAAGUAGUUGGGGUCUAUGGCAGAAUCAUCUGGCUCUUGCAUGCAUGAUAGUAAUAUUCCUUACAAUUUCAUACUUGAAAUUACACUUCAUGAAGAAGUUCUCUUAAAACCAGAACAAAAAAUGUAGUUCAUAUUGUUUGAUAAACUGACUGCAGACCUGACUUGAUUAUUUUGAGAGACCUUCCUUUGUACUUUUGUUUCUGAUUUCAUAAUUCAAAAAUGUAUGAUUCUUGUAUAGUUUUAAAUACUUAGUAUUAAUGUACUUUGCUGAAAUAUCCAGCAGGCCACAACUCUCUUGAUUGCCAUAAGAAGUGUACUACACCAUUCGUUUCUUCAAGACUAAUCAUAGUCUUUCUGCAUGUUCUAGUUAUAGAUUUCAGAAACAAAACGGAUACUUACUGGCUUAAUCUGCAAAAAUUGGCUGCAUUAUUUUAUUAGCAGCUACGUUUACAAGCAAGUGAUUCAGUCCAAGUAGAAGCAGGUCAGCAGACUGGCACAGCUGGUGCUGAGAGCCCUACACCUACGCAGAGGUGGGACAGAGCAGCACUGGCACAAGGAGGAAUGGACGGCAGGCCAUGUUCUCAUUCCUCCCCGCUGCCCCUCUGCUCCCUGCUCCCAUCCUGCACAGAUGGCAAGUCCAUUUCAAGGACCCUCAUAAUCUGGAAAUCAAGGCAUCCUUACUGAUUAGCCCAAACCCUAAAUUAUCUACAAUGUGAAAAUGCAUAAUAAAAUGCGUCUCUCGAGUAUUAUGUCUUCUAUCUACCUUAUUUCAGGAAGGUAGAGGUUUCUAUGCUUCUAUAGAUUACUACAUUACUAAAGGUGAUACACUGCCUGGAAGAAUAGCUAGUAUUGACAAGCCAUAAACAAACCAGAGUUCCAGUCCUACAAUCGACAGUGGCAAAGGUGUCCUCUAUAUCCCGGGUCAUGUCUUAUGUCCUAUUCUAUUCAGGGAACUGUAACUACCCUAAGGUGUAUUUGACUGAUGUCACCAAGUUUUUCUUACCAAGCCAGAGCACUGCAAAUACUAUUUUUUAAAUAAAAAUGAUGUUGUACUUUUUUAA